AAGUUAAUUGACAAAACGUCCAAUAAAACACAAUCUACCGCAGAUAUACGAUUCCUAAGCGGCACAUGAAAUAAACGAUAGGUGGCAACGCCGCCAACAUAUGUGUGCACUGGCAUCGAUAAUUUUUACAUCCCUAUAUUAAACCGCAGAAUUCUAGAAAAUUCCACUCGCAGGCCAGCGUGAAUUCUCGGAAUUAGCUAAAGCAAGCACUGCCGGAUUAGAAUCGCACCCCCAUCACCCAGCCCUUCAUACAAACGUAGCCAGUUAACCCGGAUUAAGCCAUGGCCAAGUGGGGAGAAGGAGAUCCGCGCUGGAUUGUGGAAGAGCGCCCCGACGCUACCAAUGUGAACAACUGGCAUUGGACGGAAAAGAACGCCACGCCCUGGUCCAAGGACCGCCUCCAUCAACUUUUCCAAGACUUCAAGAUAGAGCAUAGCGACAUCGAGUGCGUUGUGGAUGCCGUGGACAAGUGUUCCGGCGAAGCCACAGUCAACAAUCGCAAAGGCAAGCUCAUAUUCUUUUACGAGUGGGAGCUAGUGCUUAAGUGGUCUGGUAAGCUGCUCAAGAACAGCAAACUGAGCCACAAGGGCAAGCUGACCAUUCCUAAUCUGUCUGAGGAGAACGACCUGGCGGACGUGGAGAUCACGGUGACCAUCGAUGAGUCUAAUGACGAGUCGGAGACCCUCAAGCAGUUCAUGUACAACCUGGGCCGCGACCGCGUACGCAAGCAGCUGGGCGCGUACAUCCGCGAACUGAAGGAAGAGUACUCCAAGAACCUAAUCCUACCAAAGAAGGGCGAUGAGACCGGCGCAGGAAACGCUGUGGCAAAUGCCAAGGAUUCCAACAAUGUCCGGAAUGCCGCCCAGAAAGCCGCCUCAAACACCUCAUUGUCGGCGCCAAAGGGCAACAACUCAAGCGUCGGUUGCAAACUGGACGUACGCACCCUCUCGAUGACCGAGGAGUUCCACUGCAGCGCUAACGACCUGUAUAACGCCCUUACUAAGCCGGAUAUGGUCACUGCCUUCACGCGGGCCCCCGCCAAGGUUGAUGCUGUGCGUGGUGGCGAAUUCGUUCUUUAUGGAGGCAAUGUGCUUGGAAAAUUCGAGGAACUCGUGCCUGAAAAGAAGAUCCAGCAGAGCUGGCGUCUGAAAAACUGGUCAUCUGGUCACUACUCGAAUGUUGUCAUAGAGCUGGAGGAAACUUCUUCAAGCACAAUGAUGUCGCUCAAGCAGACCGGGAUCCCCUCCUCCGAAUACGAUGCGAUGAAGACAAACUGGUACCGAUACUACUGGCACAGCAUCAAGCAAACCUUCGGAUUCGGUACCUCGAUAUCCGACGCCUUAUAAGAGGACGCCUCUGGUGCGGAAGGCACUAGAUUGAAUGGGGAUUUGGUGGCCGGCGGAUCAUUAAAAGAUUUCCAUUUGUAUUCUACAUAUUGUGCUGCGAGAACUUCAUUUCCACCACUAGCUGUAAUUUCUGUUAAACCUUGAAGGCUCUUUCAAAACCUCUUCUGUAACGUUCGACAACUUUCGAACUGAACAGUCAACGGCUCGUUUGCUACAGUUGCAGUAGAACCACAUUACAUACAUAAAAAACAAAUACAAUUCACGCUUCCGACAUUGAUUUCACACAUUGAAACGCUGAGAAAAAUAAAUGAAAAUUUAGAAAAGGA